AUGGUGGUCACCCAUCUGGAGCUGGAGCUGUGCUACCAGGGGAAGAAGCUGAGGGGCUUCACCUGUAAGCUGACCCGCUCCCCCCAUGGCUACCUGCCUGAGAGUGCCUGGCUCAUCACAGCCCAGAUCCUACUGCCCUUCCUGGUAGCUGGCCUGGGCAUGGUGGCGGCGGGCAUAGUCAUGGACGUGGUGCAAGUAUGGGCUUAACUUUGUGUUUGUGUGUGUGUGUUUGUUUGUGUGUCUUGUAAAGUACAUUUGUGUGUGUGUGUGUGUGUGUGUGCAUGUGUGUGUAUGUAAUGUCUGUGAACAAUAUCCAUGUGUGUCUUGAUCUAUUAUUGACCUAUUGUUACGCUUUGAAACAGUAUAUUUGUGUGUAUCAGGGCAUGCUGUGAUGUGUUGUAAAUCCCCUUGCAUUUAAGCAAAAAACAGGGGAGAGAGGUGCAGCUCCACAGAUGUUUAGGCAUCUACAAAUGUACAUUGCUUUGUAUCAGCGAUAGCCCACAUUCCCUGGUAGAUAACACACCAGUGGUGGGACUGGUAGGGUUAGAAAAGGGCACACUGCCUGCAUCCUAAAUGGCACACUAUUCCCUUUAAAGCUCAGACACACCGGUUUGUCUGCCACAGUACUUAGCACAGUGUCGGCAGUCAAUCUCUUUUAUGUUUACACAGCAAAGACCUUGAAGUCGUCAGCCACUCAGCCUUGUUAAGAAACUCCAAACCAGAAGGUGGCAGUAUUGUUGUUUGGCAAUGCAUGUCCAUGUGUGUUGCUUUAUGGUCUAUUCAGUGUUAGCUAGCUAGCUGCUCUAAUGUUGCUAUUGUUGUAGAAAGCCCUUGUUGAUACUAGCCAGAUGGCCACAGCUAUAUACUGUAACUAGCUAGCAAGAUCACAAAUAAACAAUUUAAUUCACUCUCCAUAAUCACAUACAGCCCAUAGAUACGUUUUUAGCAAUCUGGCUAAUGUUAGCUAAAUGGUUAGCAUGAUUCGCUAACUAGCUGUUGUGUUAGGUAAAGACACUGCAUUGACUCUCGGCAGCCAGCUACAAGCAGCUGCUACAUCGAAAUUAAUCCAUUGUGAUUUGAUUAUAAUGUUACUAGCUACAGUGGCCAGAUCACUAGCUUGGUAAAGCAUGAAGUGUUGUGUGCAUUGUGCUUCACUUACCACCCCAUUAGUUUAAUAUGAAGUGUGUGUGACUGCCUUGCUCAGUUAGCUAGCUAGCUAACUAAUAAGCUAGUACACAUUAUCAAACCUCACAAAAUAAUCAUUCUUCAAGCGCAAAACUCCUUACCUAGAUGUAAAAGAUGUAAAGACUUCCUCUAGAAAGAAUAUGUAUUAUGUAGCUUUAUUGUUUUAGUUAGAACAAUUCUGAUGAAAAGGGGGUGGAUUAGACCUGAAAAAGUUACCUAUUUUUUCCUUUUUCUUGUCACUCUUAUCGGCUCCCCCACUUGGAGGUUCGUGCUCUCUGUGUUGUAUUCUGCUGCACUACCCAAGUUUACCUCUAGAGACAUAAAUAUAUUUUAUUCUACGUAUUCUGACAGCGAGCGGAAGUACAAUAAGAACAGGAUUUCAGAUAGGGAGAAGAAGAGGAUGCAUGUGCUGAUGAUGUAUGCUGUGAUGGAGUGCUAAGCUUGUUGAGUAAACAUACCCUUAAUUACACCCAUCGUGUCCUCAUGUUACUGAGCCUACUACACAACAAAAUUGGCGACGAGGAUGGCAGCAGCAUUAGCAUCAACACCUACUCUGUUCCUGCCCUUCCCGUUGACCAUGUGGUUGAAAAUCUUCAACAACUACUUGGUGGAUAUCAAUACUACAGGAGAUGACUGGCCAGAUGAUAGGAAGCGUGCAGUGCUACUACAGUGGCUUGCGAAAGUAUUCACCCCCCUUGGCAUUUUUCAUAUUUUGUUGCCUUACAACCUGGAAUUAAAAUUGAUUUUGGGGGGGGGGUUGUAUCAUUUGAUUUACACAACAUGCCUACCACUUUGAAGAUGCAAAAUAUUUGUUCUUGUAAAACAAACAAGAAAUAAGACAAAAAAAAACAGAAAACUUGAGCGUGCAUAACCCAUUCUUCAAGGCAAAACUGCUCCAGCUCCUUCAAGUUGGAUGGGUUCCACUGGUGUACAGCAAUCUUUAUGUCAUACCACUGAUUCUCAAUUGGAUUGAGGUCUGGGCUAUGACUAGGCCAUUCCAAGACAUUCAAACGUUUCCCCUUAAACCACUCAAGUGUUGCUUUAGCAGUAUGCCUAGGGUCAUUGUCCUGCUGGAAGGUGAACCUCCGUCCCAGUCUCAAAUCUCUGGAAGACUGAAACAGGUUUCCCUCAAGAAUUUCCCUUUAUUUAGCGGCAUCCAUUUCCUUCAAUUCUGACCAGUUUCCCAGUCCCUGCCGAUGAAAAACAUCCCCACAACAUGAUGCUGCCACCACCAUGCUUCACUGUGUGUAAUGAAUACUCAAGGAGAAAAAGGUGUAGAUUCACGUGCAGAGCACGGCAGGUGUUUAUUACACCUUCACAAAAGGCAGGAAUUGUGGUCACAGGCAGGCAAUGGUCAUACACAGGUAGGCAAACAGGCAGGAGAAUCAAAAACUAGGACUGAAGGCUAUAACUGGUUCUCACAAACGAGCUAGGAAAAGGCUUAGUAGAGUCAAAACGAACAAUAACUCACAAGGUACAAACAGAAUGAACUGAACUAAAUAAGGAGCUAAUGAGACCAGGUGAGUAACAAACACAGGUUAAAUCAAUGAACAAAAAUGAAAGACAGGGCUACGUUCAAGAACACAAAGAAACAGGGCUACGUUUGUGAACAUUACACUGUGGGGAUGGUGUUCUCGGGGUGAUGAGAGGUGUUGGGUUUGCGCCAGACUUAGCGCUUUCCUUGAUAGCCAAAAAGCUCAAUUUUAGUCUCAUCUGAUCAGAGUACCUUCUUCCAUAUGUUUGGGGAGUCUCCCACAUGCCUGUUGGCGAACACCAAACGUGUUUGCUUAUUUUUUUCUUUAAGCAAUGGCUUUUUUCUGGCCACUCUUCCGUAAAGCCGUGCUAGCUGUGCCACUAGAGAUCCUGGUUCGAGUCCAGGCUCUGUCGCAGCCGGCCGCGACCGGGAGACCCAUGGGCGGCGCACAAUUGGUCCAGCGUCGUCCAAGGUAGGGGAGGGUUUGGCCGGCAGGGAUGUGGGUUCGUUUCCCACGGGGGGCCAGUAUGAAAAAAACAAUGUAUGCGUUCACUAACUGUAAGUCGCUCAAAGGGUUCACGCACCGCGUGAAAGUUAAAGGGGAUGUUACUGAUGUGCAACAAAAACUAAGUUGACUACCACUGUCUGUUAAAAAAGUGGUCUCUGCUGACCUGGUUCGCUUGCUAAUUGCUAACCUCUAAUAUUAUUGAGAAAAUCGAUGCCUCCCCGUGGGUUUCACCCAUAGUGGUUACCAAAAAGAAAAAUUGAGAUAUACGCAUGUGUGUGAACUUGCGCAAGCCAAACAAAGCAGUGAUCAUUGACAGUUAUCCACUUCCUCACAUGGAAGAUCUCUUUGCUGAGCUACAAGGUGCUACUGUGUUCUCAACCAUUGAUUUGGCUAGUGCCUACCAUCAGGUCCUCCUUCACGACGAGAGCCGGGACUUGACAGCGUUCAUUACGCACAACAGCCUUUUCAGGUCCUGCGUUUUCAAAAUAUGAUUUCCUCCCUACUGCAGAACAUACAAGGUGCACAAGCCUACCUGGAUAACAUCAUAAUAUACAGAAAAAUGAAAUAGGAACAUGACUGCAACUUGCAAGCCGUUCUCAGCACCUUGGAGAACGCUGGUCUGCUGCUAAACAAAGAAAAAUGUCACUUCAACAAAAUGAGCCUGACCUUCCUUGGUCAUACCAUCACAGCACAAUGACUACUACUUGAUUAUGGACAUGUCAGUGCCAUUCUUAAGGCCCCUGCUCCUUCCGAUGCUACCACCCUGCGCUCCUUCCUUGACUGAACUGGGUGGUACUCCAAAUUCAUCCGCAAUUACUCUACAAAGGUCGAGCAUAUGCGCGCCUGCCUCAGGACAGACGGCCCUUUCACGUGGACGGAUGCUGCGCAGGAUAGCUUCGAGAAAGUCAAGCAGCUGAUUGUUGAUAGCUCUGCCCUGGCUAUAUUCGACCCUGCUCUUCCUAUCCUGGUGUCCACUGAUGCAUCAGAUUAUGGCUUGGGUGGUGUGCUUACGCAAGUACAUCCAGAUGGAACAGAACGCACAGUGGCGUUUGCAUCCCGUUUCCUCUCCUCAGCCGAGCGCAAAUACUCUAUAGCAGAAAAGGAAGCGCUUGCCUGUGUGUGGUCGGUUGAGCGGUGGUGAACGUUCCUGUGGGGUUUUACACCACGAACUGAUCAUCAGGCCCUUACUACCCUAUUGGCAUCAAAAUGCGUCGGUCGCACUGGAUUGCGCAUUGCGAGAUCACUGCUAUCCACUGAGCUCAACGCUCUGUCAGUGGCUGAGUUCUCCUCCGAAUGUGCUACAUGCCCAGAACUGCUUUACGCAGCCAGAUUGAAAAAGGCUGGCCCAAAACGAGAAAAAUUUUUUCCCCAGACCUGUUACCUUACUUUACCAUUCGGGAGGAACUCCCUGUACAAGACUGUUUAGUGUACCAUGGUCCAAACCGCCUGCUAGUGACCAUUACGCUGCGUCACAGACUGGUUUCACUAGCUCAUGACAUCCACCAGGGAGUCGUCCGAACAAAACAAAGGCUCCGUGAGCUCUACUGUAAACCUAGAAUGGACACUGUCAGACAAAUGACAAAACUACAAAGACGCAUUUCGCGCCUCUCCAGCCUGUUCCCCUUCCUGAAGGCCAUUGGUAAAAACUUGGAAUUGACAUUGUUGGUCCGUUUGAAACUGCCCCAGCAGAUUGUCACGACGCGAUAACCCUCAUGGAUUCCUACAGUAAAUGGCCUGAGGCUGCGUUCACCAGUAAUGUAACUACCCAGGCUGUCAUUCAAUUCUUAACUGAUGUGUUCAGUCGCAACGGAAAUUGCUACGAAAUCGUAAGCGAUAAUGUUGCCCAAUUUACUUCAAAAGAAUGGACAUUAAACACACCAAAGUGUCUGUGUACUACCCACGAACAAAUGGAAAGGUGGCACGCUGGAACCGCGUUCUAAAAGACUGUUUCCAAACGGCGAUCCGAAGGGUAAAGCCUUGGAAACCAUAUGUGCAACAAUUUCUCAUGCACUACAGGAGGACAGCUCAUGCCACUACAUGAGUUGCGCCCUGUGUGCUGUUGAACAACAGAAUGCUGCGCACAAAACUUAACAUUCUCCCACGAUGCCUUGCGUACCAGAGUGUGUGCCAUACAAGAAAAAGUGAAAUCCUACACGGAUGCCAAACGGGGGGCGAAAUGAUCAAUCAUCAAAGAGGGAGAUCAUAUGCGGGUAAAACUUCCCUUUCAUGUCAAAAAGGGUGCACCAAAUUACAGUGCGCCACACGAAGUUAUCCAAAGGAAAGGACCAUACACAUAUGUCAUUGACGACAGAACGGAAAGACAUGGAAUGCGUCGCAUCUCUCACUGUGUCCUGAGCAGGCCACACUAUUAAAUGGUGCUGUUCAUCCCCAAGUACCCUUGCACUCACAACAGACUAUUCAAACAGAGAGGCAGAAGAAGCCCGGCUUGGCUAAAGGACUAUAUUCAGUAAAAUCUGAAAGGUUGUGAGUAAUGUAAUUGACUGUAAGUGUCAAUGUGAUAUUCUGAUGUUACUGUCGUUAUGGUUAUUGUACUGUGCGUUUUAACAGUGUUAUUAGUAUGUGCUUUGUAUAAGAAUAACUGUUCAAUUCAAGAAUUGUGGAAUGCUUUAGUUGGGUUAUGCUUGGAGAGAGGUUUACUUUCACAAGAGGGAAAUAUGUUGUGUUCUGGUGCACUACCCACGUUUACCACUAGAGACAACAGGUAUUUUAUUCUACAUAUUCUGUCAGAGAACAGAAGUAUAAUAAGAACAGGAUUUCAGAUAGGGAGAAGAAGAGGAUGUAUGUGCUGAUGAUGUAUGCUGUGAUGGAGUGCUAAGCUUGCCGAGUAAACUUACCCUUAAUUAUACACAUCCUGUCCUCAUGUUACUGAGCUUACUACACUACACUCUGAUUGGCUCAAAGUCAAGUUGUCUGACACUGCCUAGCUUUGCGAUUCUACAAGUAGGCAGGUUCAUCGGUACCAGGUCGGUACGCAGCAGGUACAUAUUUAGUUCUAGCAAGAGAAGGAACGGCCUCCUACUGUGAUAAGUACCAAUCAGCAGUCUAUCGGCUGUCUAUCGUGUUUCAUUUAAGUGCACUACUUUUGACCAGGACACAUAGGGUGCCAUUUGAGACACACCCCAAAUGAGUAAUCUGUGGCAAUGUGAUGCUUGUGUCAUGAGAGAAGCUGAACUGUUUACUAUGGAAAAUGUAGGAAGAAACUAUCAACAAAGCAUUGAGGACAGUGGAAAAUGUACCAUGAAAUGAUACAUUUCAAGUUUUUAUUGUCAUUUGUAUUUGUAGUUAUUGAGGAUCCCCAUUAGCUGCUGCCAAGGCAGCAGCUACUCUUCCUAGGGUCCAGCAACAUUAAGGCAUAUAUAUAUAAUUUAAAAUAUUACAUGACAUUACAUUUCAUAACACUUUACCCAAUACAUUUAGUGUGUUCCCUCAGGCCAAGUACAGUGAAAUGCCUUUCUUGUAUGAUCUUUCCCAACAAUGCAGUAAUCAAUAUCAGCAGUACUAUUAAAAAAAAUACAUUAAAAAGUCAAGUAGAACAAAAACACACGAGAAGAAUAAUAAGAAAGUAAGGAAGCUACAGUGCAUUCGGAAAGUAUUUAGACCCCUUCACUUUUUCCACAUUUUGUUGCGUUAGAGCCUUCUUCUGGAUAUGUUUUUUUUCCCUCAUCAAUUUACACACAAUACCCCAUAAUGACAAAGCGAAAACAGGUUUUUAGAAAAAACUAAAAUACCAUAUUUACAUAAGUAUUCAGACCCUUUGCUAUGAGACUCGAAAUUGAGCUCAGGUGCAUCCUGUUUCCAUUGAUCAUCCUUGAGAUGUUUCUACAACUUGAUUGGAGUCCACCUGUGGUCAAUUCAAUUGAUUGGACAUGAUUUGGAAAGGCACACACCUGUCUAUAUAAGGUCCCACAGUUGACAGUGCAUGUCAGAGCAAAAACCAAACCAUGAGGUCGAAGGAAUUGUCCGUAGAGCUCUGAGACAGGAUUGUGUCGAGGCACAGAUCUGGGGAAGGGUACCAAAACAUUUCUUCAGCAUUGAAGUUCCCCAAGAACACAGUGGCCUCCAUCAUUCUUAAAUGGAAAGAAGUUUGGAACCACCUAGAGCUGGCCGCCCGGCCAAACUGAGCAAUCGGGGGAGAAGGGCCUUGGUCAGGGAGGUGACCAAAAACCCGAUGGUCACUCUGACAGAGCUUCAGAGCUCUGUGGAGAUGGAAGAACCUUCCAGAAGGACAACCAUCUCUGCAGCACUCCACCAAUCAGGCCUUUACGGUAGAGUUGCCAGACGGAAGCCACUCCUCAGUAAAAUGCACAUGACAGCCCGCUUGGAGUUUGCCAAAAGGCACGUAAAGGACUCUCAGAACAUGAGAAACAAGAUUCUCUGCUCUGAUUAAACCAAGAUUGAACUCUUUGGCCUGGAUGCCAAGCGUAACGUCUGGAGGAAACCAGGCACCGCUCAUCAUCUGGCCAAUACCAUCCCUACGGUGAAGCAUGGUGGUGGCAGCAUCAUGCUGUGGGGAUGUUUUUCAGCGGCAGGGACUGGGAGACUAGUCAGGAUCGAGGGAAAGAUUAACGGAUUAAAGUACAGAGGGAUUAUUAAUGAAAACCUGCUCCAGAGCGCUCAGGACCUCAGACUGGGGUGAAGGUUAACCUUCCAACAGGACAACGACCCUAAGCACACAGCCAAGACAACGCAGGAGUGGCUUAGGGACAAGUCUCUGAAUGUCCUUGAGUGGCCCAGCCAGAGCCUGGACUUGAACCCGAUCGAACAUCUCUGGAGAGACCUGAAAAUAGCUGUGCAGCGACGCUCCUCAUCCAACCUGACAGAGCUUGAGAGGAUCUGCAGAGAGGAAUGGGAGGAACUCCCCAAAUACAGGUGUGCCAAGCUUGUAGCGUCAUACCCAAGAAGACUCAAGGCUGUAAUCGCUGCCAAAGGUGCUUCAACAAAGUACUGAGUAAAGGGUCUGAAUACUUAUGUAAAUGUGAUAUUUCAGUUUAUUUAUAUAUAUAUACAUUUGCAAAAAUGUAGAAACACCUGUUUUUGCUUCGUCAUUAUGGGGUAUUGUGUGUAGAUUGAUGAGAAAAAUAAAAAAUAAAUCAAUUUUAGAAUAAGUCAAAGGGGCUGAAUCCUUUCCGAAUGCACUGUAUUGUCCUUUUUGCUUGUUUGAUGGCUUUGCAGAGGUCAUAGCGGGACUUCUUGUACUAAAAACAAAGGACAUCUAUUUAAAUGUAGGUGUUUCAACAUGGAUCGUAUGGAAAAUGUAGGAGGGACUGAUAAACAGACGACAGGAAGAGAGUGCCAAAUCUAUCUAUUUGGGGACAUUAAGCUGAUUCAAAGUGCAGUCAGAAGACCCUUGACACUUCCUGUAAAUUACAGCUAGAAAGAGCAUCCAUGACAUGAGAGUGCUGCAGCCUAUAGAACAUGUGUCAAUAUCUGAUAGAUAAUGCACUCGAGGCUUAGCCUAAGUCCUACAUCUGUUUGUGCUGUCUUGCCAAUUCAUAUGUUAUUUUCAAUAGGAGUUGGCAAGACAGCACAAACCGCUCUGGGACUCAGGGUACUUGUGGCUGUACCCCAUGGAACAUUUAGGAGAUGAUGACACUUUUUUAGUAUUUUUUGUGUACUCUGUAAGACAUGCAGAUAGGCAUAGCGCGUGUAGCUAGUAGUGUAGCACAAAGGACACAGAGGCAGAUAAGAGUAGAGCAGCGCAAUAGCUCUUUCCCUGGUUUACCUUUUGGAAAGAUCCCAGCAGUCGCAUGGCAUGACUAACUCGCUGAAUAAUGGAAUAGGUUGGUGGGUUGGUAGUCACUUUGACUGAAGUCAGCCUUGAAAGCUCAAUUUUGUUCCAUUUUAAUUGGAAAUGACAAAAAUGUGUGGGGGAAACCCCAAAUACAUCAACCAUGAACAUUGGUUGGAUUCAUUCAAACAUUCACCUGUAACCCAUAAUAUCAACGCAAAACAGCAAAACAGACUGAGUUACAGUAAGACUGUCAUUUUAGUUUCACUAUAACCUCAAUCUUCAAAUUAUAGUUAUUAGAUUGUUAUGAGAUGAUAACAGCAAGAGUAUGCUUUUAAUCUGAAUAAAUAAAUUAUAUAAUACCGGUAAUAAUCCUGUCCUGUUACAGUGAAUUAUUCUGCUUGCCAGAUCUGUUUGUGCUUGACCCAACUCCUUUCUGUUUUGGCAUGACAACGACCAAGCAGUUGGCUAAAGCAGAAGUACUGUAUAUCUGGCAACCAGGCUAGCAGAAAAUAUGUUGGGAGGGAUUGGGAUAUUUCAUCACUGAGAGGUGUUUAAGGAGAUCAUUGUGAAUGUUUCAGCACUGGCAAGUUUUUAUGGAUAUUAAGCAGAGUAGAUUGUUUCAGUACUAGCUAGUGUUUAAUUGUGUAUUUUUCAGCACUGGGAGGUGUUUAAGGAGAUCACAGAGGUGUUUAUCUUGGUGCCAGCCCUGGUGGGACUGAAAGGCAACCUAGAGAUGACACUGGCAUCCAGACUGUCUACAGCAGUGAGUGGAUGCACAAUUUCACACACACUCAUAGGCACGCAUGCACACACACAGACACUGACACACACACACACUCAAUGCUGGCACGACAUGUUUAAAGCUCAAACGAAAACGUGAUUUUACACACAAACACACAACCAUUUAAAUGUUAUAUCUCUCCCCCUCUCCUCUCUAACUUCCCCUCCCUCCUCCCUAUCAGGCUAACACUGGGCAGAUGGAUGACCCGAAGCAGCAGUGGAGGAUGGUGUGUAGCAACUUGGCUCUCAUUCAGGUGACACUGACCUCUCUGUCCAGCAAACACCAAUGGCAUUUUAUCAACCCAGUGCUGUCACUUUGGCUAGCCUGUAAUGUCAACCACACAAGUUAUUAUAGAGUGAGUUUAUCUGUGAAUCCAACAGAGGGCACAAGAUGGUGUCAUUGUAUCAAGGCAAUGACAUGUCUCAGUACCAUGCUUAAUUCAUUCUCUCUCUCUCUCUCUCUCUAUCCCCCUCCUUCCUUUCCUGUCCCCAUACCUUUCCCUUGCUGACUCUCCUGUUCUCUCUCUCUCUCUCUCUCUGUUUCUCUCUCUGUGUUUCUCUCUCUCUCUCUCUCUGUUUCUCUCUCUCUCUCUCUCUCUCUGUUUCUCUCUCUCUCUCUCUCUCUUUGUUAUUCCCCCUCUCUCUUCCUCCAUAGGUCCAGGCCACAGUGGUGGGUUUCCUGGCUGCAGUAGCUGCAGUGGGGUUGGGCGCGUUGACCAGGGGUCAUGUAGACUUGCUACAGGCUGCUGUCCUAUGUGGCAGUAGUGUCACCACAGCCUUUGUAGCUGCCCUGUCCUUGGGUAGGUCAACGGGACAAAACCACAACAGUAUACUUGCCACUAGCUGAUAUACAAGCUCUGACUGACACCAGUAACUCUAGGUAGUAUUGUAGCGAACGGAUAAACGGGGACGUGAACCCAGGUCGCUAGUGUGAAAGGCAAGCGCCCUACCCAUUGCGCCAAUAAGUGUAACGCCAUAUACCAACUAUGGUUAAGCCACUUUGUGGGAAUUGUAACAGGGCUCAUUAGUGAAGAUUGCUACACCAUGUUAUCACUUCGAUUGUUCAGAUGUUUAGCAGCUGCAUAUUUAUUAGGUAAACCAGAAAUUGAGAGUGAUCUUUUCUAUCUUUUGGCAAUAGAUCACAGUCAGGAACCCUACAAACCGUAAGAGUUGUCCUGCUGAAAUGUUUGAAUAUAUAAAUGAAACUAGAUAUGCCCUUUGAUAUUGAUGAUUCUAUUUUAGAUUGACAGUAGACCAUAGUAUGUGUGUCCACUCUCUGUGUCGGUAGGACUAGUGAUGGUGGGAGUGAUCAUUGGCUCCAGGAAGGUGGGCAUCAACCCUGACAAUGUGGCCACACCCAUCGCUGCCAGCUUGGGUGACCUCAUCACCCUCUUUCUGCUGGCCGGGGUCAGCAGCUUCCUCUUCAGGUUCAAAGGUCAGAUGAAUCGCCACAAAAUAACUAGAAUGUGCCGGAAUCUGGUUGAGCGGUAACUCUCUCAACCACCGGACCACUUAUGCUCCCCCCGGCAACGGGGUUCCAGCCUCGGCCACUCUCUGUGCCCUUCCUUCCUGUCAUUCCUCCUUCAUUGUCUGUACCCCUCACUUCAUACUGUCCUGUCGGGGGGAAAAAAACUGUAAAAGUACAAAAGGAUGUUUGAAUCUCUGACUAGGCCCAUCUUGAUGAUUCCCAGGACUGGAUGCAAUAUUGAAGAAUGCCUAGGUGGAGCCAGAGCCAAUAUUAUACUAAAUAUAUGGCUCUGGGUAGAGCUAUUUUCAUAUGCCUAGGUUCCGAUUCCCUACACUUCUCCCCAAAAUGGGCACUUGUUCCCCCCUCAUGUAUUUAAAAGUAUUGGAUUAAUGUAUGCAUGGGCUAGACCAUAGCCACGGGAAGUAGGAGUGCUGAGAGUGCUGCAGCACCUCCUGGUAAAUUAAUUUUUUGUUUUUAAAUGCCCUACUAAAUGAGUAUCUUUAUUACUCCUGUAUGAGCGGAGAAAAAUACUCAGCAACCCCCCCUGUCGACUGCACCCCCGUCAACAGCACCCCACCCCAUAACACCUUCCCACGGGCAAGGGCUAGACUAGAUGGAGUUUCCACAAUAUGUUUUACACCAGUUCAUGAAGGGGAAUUAAUGAGUGCACACUUUGACGAGAAGGGUAAAGAAUGAGACAGUAGCCCAGUUCUUUCAGAUUUUGUAGGAAAGUGCUUGGUAGAAAAGGGUUGAUUUGAAACUGAUCUCUCAUUAUUUCCAGCUGGAAUAGACUAUGAUCACAAAGUAGAUAUUUUACAUUACUUCAUCGUUAUUUCAUUGUACGUUUACAGGCAAGAAAAUGUUUUAUUGACCUUUGCAGUGAAUAAAAAAUCGAAUUACUUUCCAAAUUAAAUAUCCUCUCAAAUCUCUCGAAAGACAAUUCAUAUUCAGUACUUAUUUUCUGCCAUUAGUAGAGGGCAGCAAAGUCUGGUUCCCUUUCAGUUGAUACUCUCGGUACAAUACAACUAUGGGGAGUCGCACUCUCGCUACUUCGAUUGAAGAACUAACAUCACGCCUGACAAGGCCAAUGAAAUCUGAACCUCGCUGGAAGCCCCGCCUUCCACAGGUGAUAAGCCCAAGGCUCGGAUUCCUUUAAUACUUCUGCUCUUCACUUCGAUGUGAGCAGGAACGAUUCACGCUACUAAAAACAAACAUUUUUGGAUCACUUUGUGGUAGAGCGUGCUCACUCCCUUGACUUUGUGUGCUGGAGUUUUUCUAUUUGUUCUCCUAGUUUCCUAACCACAAACCAAUUAGUUAAUCGGAUUGCUUGGCCUGGUUGUAGCAAAGAGUAAGAUGGCUAACGCGAACGAAAAGACGAAGGCUAACAAGCCAGGUUUGGGUUCACGACCAUGCCCAAAUGAAUAAAAAGAUACUCACGUUUAUUGUCUUGUAUGUCUCAGCGCAUGCUCUGGCUGCCCUCGCUUGAAUCAGUUUGUGUGCGGGACUAGGGGACGAUGUCAGUAACAGUGGCUUGCCCGCGGCGCAGGUUCUCUUGACAAUUGUGUAGCAUUCUUGAGGAGGCUUGGUGUUUCUGAUAGUGACUUCCUCUCAAGGGUGCCCGUACCUUGGCUGAAUCUGAGUUGCGGGACGUAGAGAUGGAUUGGGUCUGGUCGGAUGCAAAUGUAAUGUCUGCCUGGGCGUGGUGUAUGCGGUAGCUUCCCGCGCUCAACCUGGUUUGGGAUGAGUCGGACCGCAGAGUGAAGCAAAAGCAGCCAACAAGUGCUCAGCAUAUGUGGGAACUCCUUCAAGACUGUUGGAAAAUCAUUCCAGGUGAAGCUGGUUGAGAGAAUGCCAAGAGUGUGCAAAGCAGUCAUCAAGGCAAAGGGUGGCUAUUUGAAGAAUCACAAAUAUAAAAUAUAUUUUCAUUUGUUUAACACUUUUUUGGUUACUACAUGAUUAUUAUUAUGUUAUUUCAUAGUUUUGAUGUCUUCACUAUUAUUCUACAAUGUAGAAAAUAGUAAAAAUAAAGAAAAACCCUUGAAUGAGUAGUGUAUGUAGCUGUCAAGACUUCCGCCGACGGGCAGGUUUCGGCGUUCGUCAUCACCGGCUUACUAGCCACUACCGCUCCAUUAAUCAUCAUUCCAUUUGUCUUGUCUGGUCAAUCACACAAACCUGGUUCUUAUCCCCUCAUUAGUCUGUGUAUAAGUGUUCCCUCUGGCCCCCUUGUCCUUGUGUGUGAUUGUUUUUUUUGCGCCUGACUCCUUCUAUCACACUCAUCACAGAAUCACCCACCUCAGGUGUGGAGAUGGUGGGAGAUUGCAUUUCAGCCGUGCGUAAUUUGCCGACUCCAACCACGGUUAAGGAGAUGCUGCGCUUCCUUGGCUUCACCAAUGACUAUCGGAGAUUUAUCCGGGGCUUUGGCAAGGUUGCAGCUCCCAUUACAUCCCUGUUGAAGGGUGGGCCUUCCUGGCUCUGCUGGUCUGCUGAGGCUGACCUGACCUUCAGGAAACUGCGGGGUCUGUUCACCUCAGCCCCGGUACUGGCCCACCCCGAUCCAUCAUACAUUCGUAGUGGAGGUGGAUGCAUCCGAGGUAGGGAUAGGCGCUGUCCUAUCCCAACGCACGGGCACGCCACCCAAGCUCCGCCUCUGUGCCUUCUUCUCUAAGAAGCUCAGCCCGGCGGAGCAGAACUACGACGUUGGUGAUCAGGAGCUGUUGGCUGUUGUCCGAGCUUUGACCGUGUGGAGGCAUUGGCUCGAAGAGGCGAAACACCCUUUCCUCGUCUGGACGGACCACCGUAACCUGGAGUACAUCCGGGCAGCGAGGAGGCUGAAUCCUCGCCAGGCCAGGUGGGCCCUAUUCUUCACCCAGUUUGAUUUUACACUGUCAUACAUUCCGGGUACGAAGAACGUGAAGGCAGACGCACUGUCCCGGCUGUAUGACACAGAAGAGAGGCCCAGAGACAACACCCCCAUACUCCCGGCCUUCUGCAUUGUGGCACCGGUAGUAUGGGCGAUGGACGCAGAUAUAGAGCAGGCAUUACGCACAGAUCCAUCUCCACCUCAGUGUCCAGCUGUGCUGCGGUAGUGCCUGUUCUUAUCCAUGAUCGUCUGAUCUUCUGGGCACACACGUCACCCUCCUCUGGUCACCCAGGUAUCGGUCGUACAGUGCGCUGCCUGAUAAGAAAGUACUGGUGGCCUACCUUGGCUAAGGACGUGAGGGUAUACGUCUCCGCCUGCUCGGUGUGUGCCCAGAGUAAGGCACCUAGGCACCUCCCAGCGGGUAAGUUACAACCUUUACCAGUUCCACAAUGACCAUGGUCUCACCUUAGUGUUGAUUUCUUGACUGAUCUUCCCCUCUCCCAAGGUAACACCACCAUCCUGCUUGUUGUGGACCACUUUUCCAAGUCCUGCCGCCUCCUUUUUCUCCCCGGUCUCCCCACGGCCCUGCAGACUGCGGAGGCCCUGUUUACUCAUGUCUUCCGGCACUACGGGGUGUCCAGAGGAUAUAGUGUCCGACCGAGGUCCCCAGUUCACGUCCAAGGUUUGGAAGGCGUUCAUGGAACGUCUAGGGGUCUCGGUCAGCCUGACCUCUGGGUUCCACCCCGAGUCAAAUGGGCAGGUGGAACGGUGAAUCAGGAUAUGGGUAGGUUCCUGCGGUCCUACUGCCAGGACCGGCCGGGGGAGUGGUCGGUGUUCUUGCCAUGGGCAGAAUAUGCCCAGAACUCUCUCCGCCACUCCUCUACUAACCUAACGCCAUUCCAAUGUGUUUUAGGUUACCAACCGGUUCUGGCACCGUGGCACCAGAGCCAGACCGAGGCUCCUGUGGUGGAUGACUGGUUUCUGCGUGCAGAGGAGACGUGGGACGCUGCCCACAUUCACCUUCAGCGCGACGUGCGUCAUCAGAAGGCCAAUGCUGACGUCACCACAGUGAGGCCCCGGUCUUCGUACCGGGGGAUCGGGUCUGGCUCUCGACCCGGAAUCUGCCCCUCCGCCUGCCCUGCCGGAAGCUGAGCCCGCAGUUUGUGGGGCCGUUCAAAGUCCUGAGGAGAAUCAACGAGGUUACUUAUAGGUUAUUACUUCACCCUGAUUACCGUAUUAACCCCUCGUUUCAUGUGUCUCUCCUCAGGCCGGUGGUGGUUGGUCCGCUCCAGGAGUCUGAGGUUCGGGAGGUUCCUCCACCUCCUCUGGACAUCGAGGGGGCCCCGGCGUACUCUUUCCGUUCCAUCCUGGAUUCGAGGCGUCGGGCUUUCAGUACCUUGUGGAGUGGGAGGGGUACGGUCUGGAGGAACGGUGCUGGGUCACGAUAUCCUCGAUCCCUCCCUGUUGCGGGAUUUCCACCGUCGCCAUCCGGCUCGUCCUGCUCCGCGUCCUCCUGGCCGUCCCCGAGGCCGGGGUUGGCGUGCGGCUGGAGCUGCGUGUCAAGGGGGGGGGGUUCUGUCACGACUUCCACCGAGGCUGCCUCCCCUCCUUGUUCAGGCAGGUUUCGGCAUUCGUCGUCACCGGCUUACUAGCCACUGCCGCUCCAUUAUUCAUCAUUCCAUUUGUCUUGUCUGGUCAAUCACACACACCUGGUUCUUAUCCCCUCAUUAGUCCGUGAAUAAGUGUUCCCUCUGCCCCCCUUGUCCUGUGGGUGAUUGUUUUUUUGUGAGAGUAGUGUAGCUCGGUGGAGCUACUCGUACCUUAUUAUUAUUAUUGCCGGGGUAGAUAUUUCCCCUGUGCUUGUUAUUGUUGGAGCUACCGUUACAUUGGCACAGGUCCUAAUCCAGGCACUUGUCAUCUCCCGUCUGGAUUACUGCAACUCGCUGUUGGCUGGCCUCCCUGCCUGUGCCAUUAAACCCCUACAACUCAUCCAGAACGCCGCAGCCCGUCUGGUGUUCAACCUUCCCAAGUUCUCUCACGUCACCCCCCUCCUCCGCACACUCCACUGGCUUCCAGUUGAAGCUCGCAUCCGUUACAAGACCAUGGUGCUUGCCUAUGGAGCAGUGAGGGGAACGGCACCUCUGUACCUUCGGGCUCUGAUCAGUCCCUACACCCAAACGAGGGCAUUGCGUUCAUCCACCUCUGGCCUGCUGGCUCCCCUUCCUCUGCGGAAGCAUAGUUCCCGCUCAGCCCAGUCAAAACUGUUCGCUGCUCUGGCACCCCAAUGGUGGAACAAGCUCCCUCACGACGCCAGGACAGCGGAGUCACUCACCACCUUCCGGAGACAUUUGAAACCCCACCUCUUUAAGGAAUACCUGGGAUAGGAUAAAGUAAUCCUUCUACCACCACCCCCCCCCCCCCCCCCCCCCACAACCCCCCACAAAAAAAAUUUUGUAAAGUGGUUAUCCCACUGGCUAUAGGGUGAAUGCACCAAUUUGUGAGUCGCUCUGGAUAAGAGCGUCUGCUAAAUGACGUAAAUGUGCCCUUGAGCAAGGCACUUAACCCUAAUUGCUCCUGUAAGUCGCUCUGGAUAAGAGCGUCUGCUAAAUGACUAAAAUGUAAAUGUAUUGCCAGGGUAGAUUUUCCCCUGUGCCUGUUUCGCUUGUCGCUAUCCAGCGCUAUUUGUGUACGACGGAAUAAACUCUGCAUUCGGUGAUUACCCUCCUGCGCUUGACUCCUUCUAUCACACUCAUCACAGUAACGUUAAGUCGCUUGGUUAUUCUAAACGGACCGUGUUGCAAUCAAAGAGGCUAUCUAGCCUAGCUUAGACAAAACAUUUGCUAAAGUCGGCUAGCAUGCAUAACUUCUGGCAAAUUAAAAUUCCUAGCUUUCCCCCGGCAUUAUGGCAACUCAUCCCUAUUUCCAAUUCCUGGAGUUGGAGGGAGUGGAGGAAGCAGGGCUUGAUUGCACCUCCGAUAAGGAAGCAGCCCCCGAGCACUUGGCUUGGGUAACCCCGGAGCGAGGGGCCUUAGCACGGGUCUGAGGGACCAGUGCGCCCCUCCACAAAAACAUUACUGUUACACACACACUCUGUGGUUCAUAUGAACCCUGAAAUGAGCUGUCUGUCUCCAGCGCAAUGCUUUUCAUUCCCGAGAAGCAACAGCGGUUACAUGCCAUUUGUCCAGUACGAGCUUUACACAAGUACAUUGAGCGGACCCAGGAUAUCCUGUUAUGUGACCAGCUUUUUGUCUGUUUUGCACUUCCAGCUCACGGCAGGGCGCUCUCUAAGCAGUGUCUCUCCCACUGGAAUGUGAAGGCUAUCUCCCUGGCAUAUGGCUGCAAGGGGCAAGAGUUACCUCACCACAUACUUUUGUGAGUUUUAUCGCUUGGAUGUCACUGCUCCCAGUGUAGCCCACAGUCUGCUUACAGCUGGGACAGGAGUGGGUCAUUAGGCAGCACGCAGUGUGCACAAUACCCAGACUACCGCAUCUUGCGUGGUGGAGGUCUGGGUAGUCUGCCAUGGGCCAUUUCAUUUGGUAUCCAUUGGGGCCGGUUUGGGGCGGGAUUUCAUUUCCCCAUAGUUGUGUUGUACCAAGAGUACCGACUGAAAAGGAAUGUAAAGUUAGGACUAUAACUACUGUUCCCUGAAGGAGGGAAACGAGGUACAACACAACUAUGGGGAAAUUAAUUAAAGGAAUGAAUCCGAGCCUCGGCUUAUCACCUGUGGAAGGCUGGGCUUCCAGCGAGGCGCGGAUUUCAUUAUCCUUGUCAGGCAUGAUUUCAGUUCUUCAAUCGAAGUCGCGAGAGUGCGACUCCCCAUAGUUGGGUUGUACCUCGUUUCCCUCCUUCAGGGAACAGUAGUUACAGUCAUAAUGUUACGUUCGCUGGUUAUUGCAGGUCUGCUUGAUAAAUGUCUAACACAGUGUAUUGGGUGUGUUCCAGAUACCAAUUUUAACACUUAUUUUAUACCUGUGUAAAAAAAUGUGUAUGUGGAAUCUGCUCACCUUCUCACACACACUCGCUACCUGUCCUGUCUUCCAGAGAUGUGGUACCUGCCUGUGCUGGUGUGUGGCUUCUUCCUGGUUCUCAUCCCGCUGUGGGUGGUCAUUGCCCGGCGCUCUCCUCCAAUUAGAGAGGUCCUGAGGUCUGGGUGGCAGCCCGUCAUCGUGGCCAUGUCCAUCAGCAGGUAAAGGCCUGGGACUUUCAACAAUCUAUUGUAAUUCAAUCAACAUUCUAUCAAUAUUCAAUCAAUGUUCUAUUAAUGAUAUACAAAAGACUCAGGAGCUUCCAACUAGCUUUCAAGGAGACAAAUAUGCAGUAUAUGUGUCUUGAAGGUCUUAAUUGCUUCCUCUUUUGUCACCUUUAUCUAAACUGAUUUGAUAUAACUGGACAGGUAAAAUAUACUUCUCAGUAGGCUUCCAUGCACCAUUUCGCUUUCAUCUAUCCUCUCCUUUCAGAUCAAUGCAGAUAAUUUUUUUUAGAACUUUUAUGACAUAUUAUGACAUGUCCCUUAGACACUUUUCAGCUUUGAACAUGUUAAGUGGCGUUUGUGUCCCAUUGUGUCCUUUUAAACCACAGUAUCGGAGGCCUUAUACUGGACAAGACCGUGAGCGACCCGAACUUUGAGGGCAUGGCGGUAUUCACCCCAGUAAUCAACGGUGAGUGGACCGAACCAUACUCCUCAAACAAAUCAAAGGGUGGGACCUUCGUAUAAUUCAAUGCUCAGAUUUAAAUCUUAUUUCAAUGUUGAAUAGUUCCUACUUCCUCCUAACUAACAAAUAUCCUCAAGAAUCCACCCGAGAAACAGCUGUCCCACUGGGCAAAUACUGGUUGAAUCAAUGUAGUUUCCACAUCAUUUCAACCAAGAAAAUCAAUGUGAUGACGUUGAAUCAACGUGGAAAACUGAUUGGAUUUGCAAAAAGUCAUCAACAUAAGGGCAUUUAGUCAUUUUUUCACCCAACUUUUGACCUAAAUCCAAUGAUAUGGUGACGUUGUUGAUUUCACGUUGAAUUCAUGUUAGUUGACAACUCAACCAAAUGUAAAUCAAAACUAGAGGUUGAACGUCUGUGCCCAGUGGGAUAUGGGAAAAACUAGAAACAGGUUUAACCUUUUUGCAAUGCUGCUUACCCUUACUAAAUAUGUCUCUCGUAAAACCACCAUUAAAUCUCAUUUGUGCUCAUGUCGGGAAAUGGGUUUGAGUCAAGAAGCCAUAGCUUAAUUGGUCUCAAGUGGUUAUAAACAGAGCAUCACUUUCCUUAUAUAUAUGUUAUCCCUAGCCUGUCCACUACUGUAACAUAUUAUGUAAGCUUAAAUGUCAAAUCUGGUACUCCUUUCCCUCAAAGACAACAUCUGGUUGUCUUGGUAGAGAGAUAUAUGACGUAUGAGAAAAUAGAUGGGCGUGGGAUCUUGUCCUGUUACAUUUAAACUGUCUUUGAAGUGUGACAGUAAAUUACUAUCAUUUGUGUGAUUGUUUAUAAAAGCACAACAGCUUAAUGUAAAGCAUCUAAAUGGCAUCAACAUUUUAUUUCAUUAGUCAUAAGUCAGCUCCACACAAGUUGCAGAGUGCCAAGUCACUAAAGGCCUAGUCUGUGAUAUUUACAGACAUUUUUGAUCAUUUAAGUUAGUGAUAUAUACCUAUUAAUUGUGAAGAAUAUCACUUAUAAAUGCAUUAUGAGUCUUGAAAGCCAUGACUAUGUGGCCUCCCGAGAUGUUUAUUACUUAUAUGGAAUAAAAGGACACUAAUUUAAACCACUCAGCAGCCUAGUCAGAACAUCAGAGGGGAAGGAGGAAUGUUUUGAAGUUCCCACAUCAGUAAAUAAGACUCUUUAGUAUGGCGAUGUUUGUAACCCAUGGCUAGCCACCAUCACUGGAGAGGAAUAACAAUAGGGUUUACAUAAACCUCAGCCUGUUUUGAAUGAAAACUAUACAUUCUCUGCUUCGGAUUUCCUCUAUACUGCAUCUUUGCCAGCCUCAGCUAGCGAUACUAAAGCUUUUCGCUUUUAUCUGCAUUUCAAGACAGGAAGUACAUUUGCAUUGCCAUUCAGUGUUUCUUUCUCUCUCUUAUUCACUCUUUCUUUCUCCCUCCAUCCCUGUUUAUGUCUCUCUCACCGCUCUCCCUCUGCCUCCCUCACAAUAUCUCUCUUCCUCUCUCUCUCCUUCUGCCUCAAUCACUCUCUCCCUCUCCACCUCUCUCCCUUCCUCUUCCCCCAUCCAAUAAUAUAGUGUCUAAAUGGGUAAACUCAUUGACUUAGCUGUAGGCUGUGGAAGCAUGGCUGUUGAGAAUGUGAUUUUAAGAGCUAUUGCAGGGAACUACAGCGAGACACGCUCAAGGCUAUUAGACAUAUUUUUAUCCCUCUCAGAGAGACACGCUCAAGGCUAUAAGAUAUGCAUUUAUUAUCCCUCUCAUUUGGUCCUUCCAUGUUUCUGAGUGAGGAUGUGGUUAGGGUUAUAAGGAUCAUAUUGAGUUUCUCAUGACUGGAUGAUACAAAGGAUUAAGUAGAGGAACAGUUGUUGAAGUCUGCACCGACGCGCAGACUUCAACAACACCUGUAGCGUUGUGCUUGCUACCACGCUUUUAAUGCUUCUCUGAUUUGAAGAGAAGCGGUAUAAUCUCAUUGUCACGACUUCCUCCGAAGCUGCCUCCUCUCCUUGUUCGGGCAGGCUUCGGCCUUCUAGCCACUGCCGCUCCUCAUCUCAUCAUUACAUUUCUUUUGUCUUGGUUAUUACACACACCUGGUUCAUAUCCCCUCAUCAGUACCUGGUAUAAGUGUUCCCUCUGCCCCCUUGUCUUUGUGUGUGAUUGUUUAUUGUGGAGGUUAGAUUAGCUCGGUGGAGCUCUUGUAUUUUGUAUCGGCGGGAUAUUCACCCGUGUGCCUUGUUGUUUCCAGUGCGCCGUAUAUUUCUGCAGUGUUUGACGCAUUGCUGCGUACUGCUGUGUCAACGGAAUAAACCUGUUCUUCUGUGAUUUACCCUCCUGCGCCUGACUCCUUCAAAUCACAUCACCACACUCAUGGACACAAGAUCAUGUUCUCUCUGUGCACAAACUCACUUUACAGAUAUGCCAUUACAGUUACAGCAGAAUAAGCCCUACAAUUACCUUAAAGAUGCUUCAUAACCUUGAAAAUACAUAUCAUUUAUUAAAGCUCAAGCCUAAAUAUGUAACAGACAAUUUCAACAAAUGAUACCACAAAAAAACACCUACCUCUAUUUCCAAUGAUUGUUAUGUUCCUUCCCUUCACCCAGGUGUGGGAGGGAACUUGGUGGCCAUCCAGGCCAGCCGCAUCUCCACUUACCUCCACUACUGGAGCAUGCCUGGGACCCUGCCCUCCAAGAUGGCACAACACUGGCCUGGCCCCUGCCUGACCUUCUGCUCCUCAGGUCAGCAGUCAAAACACACUUCAAAAGUAACACAAACAAGCACAGGGGGCAAAUUGGGGGCAAGGGAACAGUGCUCCACCACCUUAGGAUAGGAGAAAGCAUUUUUGUUGAAUCGAUUUUGUAAUUGAAAGGCAACCAGUUAUGGGAAAAAUGUAUUCACCUACAGUACAAAAUCCCAAUUUGACUACUGCACACAUCCACACACAAUAUUACUUACCCAUAGCAGUCGUCAGUUGACAUUACCCUGCCUUGUCUUGCACACUUCCUCGUAGACGAUAAAAGGAUUGCUAACUUUUUUAAGUUUUAGAUUAUGUUCGACUUACCUAGGGUGUUGUCAUUUCAUCCAAACUGUUUUAAAGUCCUCUAAGUCUCCUGUUUACAUCCACAGGGGUCAACUCCAAGUCAGCCAGGGUUCUGAUCUUCCUGGUGGUUCCGGGUCACCUGAUCUUCCUCUACACCAUCCACUUACUGAAGGGUGGCCAUGGCGCCCUCACGCCUGCCUUCGUCUGCCUUUACCUGUGUGCAGCCCUGCUACAGGUCAGAGGUCAAAUGUAUAUGUACCACAGACAUGAAACUAUCUAAACCAUAGACCGUAUACAACUCCUACUGUAACAGCUGCAUACUGUGUAGUGAAAAAUCUAUAAAUAAAAAAUAUCACAAGAAAAGCUGACAUUUGGACAUAAUAAUAAUUAAUUAGAGUGCAAUUAUUUAUUUAGGUUUUUUGGUCUAUAACUAAACUUCAAUGGUUGAAACCAAAUAGGAAUUGUGUAGAAAUGAUCAUGGUGCUUUUUCAAAUACUAUAACACCCCUGUGUUAUAAUAUUUUAUUCUAUAUCAUUUCAUUUAACCGAGUUAUUCCAUAGUGACGCACUGCAAAAAGAAAGUAGGACAACUGUAUUGCCAUAAACCUGUGAACUUUGUGAAAAUGUUAGGUGAAUAUUUAUUUUCUCUGCAGCUCUUUUUUGUUUGGAUCUCGCACAUUAAGGGGGGUUUGGGUCGAGGGAAUCAUAGGCUUACACUAAAAUCAUUGGGCUGACUUUAUCACGUCAAGAUAAACAACGGCCUUAGUAGAAAUGUUUCAUAAAAGAUUUACAGUUUCUCAGCCCUCUUGCUUGGCCGAACUCCAGCGCUGCAAUUCAAACCACAUGUUGCUGAAACAGGUCGACCAACAGACUGACACGUCUGGUUAGACCACAACAGUGUUUUAGUCCUGCUGUUUAUCACAUCGAAUGGUCUUUUUCAGUAGAGUUGAAAUUACCUGUGUUGUCAUCUGCAACUUUUUAGGGUUAACUUGAUAGCCACUUAUCAGUAGGGGACAUAUAAAAAUUAUUAUACACUGUAUACAGCAACAGACAGAUGUGGCUUACAAAAACCAUAUGUGAUAUAACUGUGCUGACUUGUGCAAGAGCAUAUGUGUAAUAGUAACUAUUUAAACCUAGACCGUAUAAAAACAAGAUCUAAACCAAGAGGCAAUAGAAUGAUUACUGCUCAAUAAAGAGUCAAGGAUUGGGUUUGACUAAAGUCCAGCAUACACAGUGGGUUAUCAGGCCCAGCAUAGCCAAAUACUGUAUCAGCUCUUCUCAGCAUUGCUCCAUGCACAUAACCAAAGCUUAAUCGUUCAGUUCCAACCAGUAUGAACAUAACAGUGGCAUACAAUGGAACAGAGGAGCGCUUGUUUGGUUAUAGUUGUCCGACAAGAGGUGCCCUUUGAAAAUGGGGAUGAAUACUUGCACAAGAAAAAAUAAGUUGAUGCUGGUAGUGUGAACAAUACAUAUGUUUAUUGUUAUUCACAGGUGGUGAUUCUGCUGUACACGGCUGACCUGAUGGUCCGCUGGAUGUGGCGGCGGGGGCUGGACCCGGACAACUACUCUAUCCCGUACCUCACGGCUCUGGGGGACCUGUUGGGGACCGGCUUCCUGGCCCUGACAUUCAGAGCCGUUCUAUUGGGCAUUUCCUCUGGGAUGAAGGGGGUUUGA